UGGUUCGUCUGGUCUGAUAAUAAUCAGUCUUGAAAUGAUUGCAGAGGUACUGUAGUCUAAAAGGCAAGACAAGUAAUCGUAUAUCACAUAUCAUUCAGAAGGGCAAAAUAAGGGAUUUCAUACAGGCUACAUUUGCAUAAAAUGUAGCCUAAUAAGCGUGAUAUUUGCGCAUUAUUUAUUAUUGUUAUUUGCUAUCUAUAUCAGUCUGUGAUAUAACGCAUACAAACUUAAUGGGGCAAAAUAAUUCGUCACAGGUUUCGUUUUACUAGUUUCAGUGCGUAUCACAUCCAGGAGAUGAAACGUAAACAGCACCGCCCGUUUGUGUCUCAUGAGGAACCACAGGAUGACGGUAAUAGCCGGUAGAGUGUUUUAGCGCUCGCAGGCAGUCUGUCCACUAGUGCUACGGAACAGGAUGUCAUCCACGAUUUAGGCAGAAGAUUAUCAGUUUGGAUUAAUACGGACUUUUGAGCGACAGAGGCGUUUCAUGGAGAAUACUACACCCGUUAAGGACAUUUCACGCUUGUCGCCGUGUGAUAUUUUCGUGUUGUUUUGCAUGUUUCCAUAGUCCAGGGUGCACCCGUAGAGCGCCUCAGGAAUCGUGCGAUUUCUCACCACUUCCCACUCGGGAUAUGCAUGGCCCGCUUUGCCUCCGGUUGGAAUAAUGCCCUGUGAUCGCCGUACUGGUCCGGAGUUUGCAACAUCAUCUUGACUGCAGUCUGAGGAACAUGGAAUAAUAGAAGAAUGCAUAAAGUCUGGGAAAUAUUUACAAUUCUUCAUGCAAAUUUGAUCAUCUUCUCUGCAGCUCAGCCUGGAUCAUCAAAGCUUCAUGAUGGUUGGUGGGCCUAUAAAGACGCUGUUCAAGGGAGCUUUGUUCCAGUGCCAUCCUUCUGGGGCCUGGUCAACUCGGCAUGGAACCUCUGCGCCAUCGGGAAGAGGCAGUCUCCGGUGAACAUCGAGACCAGCCACAUGAUGUUUGACCCCUUUCUGACACCUCUUCGCCUUAGCUCAGGCGGGCGGAAGAUCAGCGGAACCAUGUACAACACCGGCCGACACGUGUCCUUCCGGCCCGAUAAGUCCCACCUGGUCAACAUCUCCGGCGGGCCGCUGAGCUACGGCUACCGGCUGGAGGAGAUCCGCAUGCACUUCGGCAGCGAGGACAACCAAGGCUCCGAGCACCUGCUCAACGGCCAGGCGUUCCCCGGAGAGGUGCAGCUCAUUCAUUACAACCACGAUUUGUAUUUAAACUACAGCGAAGCUGCCAAGAGUCCAAAUGGAAUAGCAGUCGUGUCCAUGUUCCUGAAGAUAGCUGAUUCUUCAAAUUCAUUCCUAAACCGCAUGCUUGUCAGAGAGACCAUCACACGAAUAACCUAUAAGCACGACGCGUUCUUGCUCAUGGGCCUGAACAUGAAGGAGCUCUACCCCGAGACGUCUCGCUUCAUCACUUACGAGGGCUCCUUGACCAUCCCCCCGUGCCUUGAGACCGCCACCUGGAUAAUCAUGAACAAGCCGGUGUAUAUUACACGGCUGCAGAUGCAGUCUCUGAGGCUGCUCAGUCAGAACCAGCCGUCUGACAUUUUCCUGAGCAUGAGUGAUAACAUGCGUCCGGUGCAGGCCCUCAACCUGCGUUGCAUCCGCACCAACAUCAACUUCACACAGCGCGGACGCGACUGCCCCAACAACCGCCUUCAGAGGCCCCAGUACAGAGUGAAUGAAUGGCUUCUGAAAUAGCAGCACAAACAGCUGAGGACAUAAAGUCCCAGGCUCCUCUGGGGAAUGGCUGUGGAGAACAACCAGCUGAUGGGAGCCCCAGACCGGACACGAUUCAUCCUGCAGUUCACACCAGGAUCCACUCACUACAAAAUUCAAAGAGACUCAUUUUCUAUUGUAUUUAAGUGUUUCUAUUAUGAGAAUGUGUGUGUGUGUAAAAAAAAGAAAAGAAACUUUUAAGAAAUGUUUUACAUGUUUUCAGAAACUAUGUGGCUCAAUGGUAUGUCAAAGUCAACCGAAAAAAUGUGUGUACGCCAUCGAUCUCAAUGCCUGGUUAAACAGAACACAGGAUGACGCAGGGGCCUGCCGUUCGAAGUCAUCUGACGAGUUGGAAUUCCAGAAUAUUCCGGGAAAACAUCUUGAGUCUUUGCCUUCUACAGAGCACAAUCUUGUUUAAUCUAGGAGUUUCUUUUUUAGUAAGCUUCAAGUCAAAUGUCAAGUGUGUUGUACAUAUUAACAUCGUCACUGUUAAGUUUUUUGAGAUAUUCAAUAUAAUUACAGCUGAUUCUCCACAAAAGCUGUACAAGAA